CAGACGUUGCUUCCCUCUCCCACAACGCCUGCUGGAGACCUCCCUUCUCAGAAACCCUCAUCUCUCUCUCUCUCGCUAUGGACCUUCGUUCUCAGAAGAGUUCGGAAGGAUUGUUGAAGCCCCAGGGAGAGAUCGCUUCCCCUGCUCAACCUCUCUUCAGGUCCAAGAAAAAGCUCUCCUACCAAGAAGCAGAUCCCGACUCUUCGUGCGAAGAUCUGGAGUCCGCCCAUCGUUCAUCUUGCUUGCGGACUCCACAAAAAGCGGUGGAGGAGCGAGCGAGACACCUCUCCUUGCGAUCCGUCGAUAAUGUGAAGCCCGUACCCGCGGAAAUGUGCGCAACGAACAAUGAUUACAAUCCCGAGUGCAGAUCCUCCGAGGAUGUCGGAAAGAACGAACCGGCGGCAAAGCUCCCACCAAGGUACGAGAGCUUAUGUGAUCAAUUUGCAUCACUUGUCAGUUCAAUAAGGUUGCUUCGACUGAAAGGUUAUGCUCCCACUUUUGCCAAUAUUUGCUCCUCUGUCCAGGUUUUGACGAACAAGGGCUUCUCCCGUCGUCAUCUAGCACAGUUAAAAUCUUUUAUGCCAGAGGCGAUUGAAAUUGAGACCACCCUUCUGCACGAUGAGAAGUCCUGCUGUAUGAAGCCAGAGGUUCUGAUUCAAUUGAGGCCAGAGGCACUAAAGCUGAAUGGAGACAAGUACUUAGCUUUGAGCAAGGUGCUGCGGGCUCGGGUGCUGGCAUUCGUAGAAUCGAAACAAGAGGAUGCUGAGAUUCCAGAGGAGAUUUUGCCAGAGACAUUCAGAGAAUUACAACAAGCAUGUCAUGAUGCGGUCGUGCCAGAAUGUAGGAUCAACGUCAAUCUUGACCAUGGAGUAAAUUCUUCCUCCUCAAGACCUGUUGAUGGAUCAGCAAUUGAAAACGUAGCUCUACCACCUCUAGGGAGUUUCUUGAGCCGGUUCAAGAGGCGGUUCACCCAGAAAACUCCUCUUUCAGAAUCUAAGAAGACCCAGCUCUUGUCUCUAACAACAGCACAGGAAGUUAGUCUUAGCGAUGGACCUAAUCCCCAAGCCACCUCCAGCACUGAAGACUCACCCAGCAAUGUCCAAAUGGAUUCUUUGGAACCUUUCAGCGGCCAAAUUUCUUCGUUUGCCUCAUCCAUAGAGUCAACGCCAACAAAAGCUUCCAUGCUUGGAAAGGAGCUUGACUCAACUCCUCUUGGUGAUUCAAAGGCAGGUGAAAAUAUCAAGAAUGAUCUGUAUUGCUCAAGAAAAGGGUUGGAAGUAUCUGAAACUCCUACUCGAGAACCUGAUUCCACUCCAGCGAGAUUAUUGAUGUCUAGCACACCAAGUCUAUUAACUCCUAAAAGAGCUAGGGUGACUCCAGAAAGUAGUUCUACACUGUAUACCAAAGGACAGAGGCAUGUCACUAGGCCAAAGGCUCUGAAUUUCCUUUCACCUAUCAAUUCAGUGGAAAAAGAAAAUGGAAAAGGAAGAUUGUCUACAGAUGAAGAGAUUGUCAGGACACUUCCUCCAACGCUGCUAAAAUCGUUGGAUGAAAAGGAAAGGAAAAAGAUGGUGGAAAAUGAAGCAAAGGCACACAACAAGAUGAUCAAUUGCAUUCCCAAGCUCUUUGAUAUGAUUUACGUCGUAUUUCAGGCUGCUAGAUGCACUGUCAUUACAAAAGAGGAACUCAUAUACAAAAUAAUGGCAAAGGAUCUUGACAUUGUUGACAGAGGGGAAAUUGAAGAACAAUUGAAACUGCUGCAAGAGAUGAUCCCAGAUUGGAUUUCUGAGAAGAAGCUAGGUGGUGAUUUUGUAUUUUGCAUCUGCAAGAAGAUAUCAGAUCCUGAAUCUUUAAGAGCUAGGUUGGUGAUGGCUGGGGGAGCUGCCGGACAGCGGUCCUAAUGGACUAUGAUGAAAACGCUGCCCGUGUAUGAAGCAGAUGUGCUCGUGCUCUUUUUACAUAUUAUGGCUUGUUUAUAUGUUCUAAUUGUGCAAACAUUAAGCUUUUGCUCGCAGGAAUGUACACCCUUCAUCUGAAGCUGAACCGGUCUCCCUUACUCACCAGGGAACAUGACACAUAUGUAGACAAAAAAGGUAAUCAGAGUAGCAAUUUUGAAA